CGGGUCGGUGGCUGACAGUGGUCCGGGGGCAGAAGGAGGGAGGGAGGGGGGGAUAUAUUAUGGCAGCAACCUUUCAGUCAAUCUGGAUUAACUCACACUGAGCCUUGUAUCGCCAGCAAAACCCCGUAAAAGCGACGCGAACAUCUGGCCGGAUUCAGCGCAGCACCAGUCACUCAGCAGCGCUGUAGAUAUUAAAGCAGCCCGUCGCUACAAAGGCGUUUUCUCCUCUGGAGGUGCAUACAGGCGGAUGCGCAGUAGAUGCGAUCGCACAGCUGCAGCCUCCGAGCCACACUGGGACCCUUCAGGUUGCGUUUUGCAAUUUUUAUUCCAAACUAAAGCGGACGUCUUACAAACAUUUAACCGGCGUGAAAAGGGAUCGCAGAGGAGUCGUCCUUUAUCUGCUGGUUAUGGAUUUCUUGAAGGGCAUCGCCGGUUUCGCAGGCCGUCACAUGUUAUAGGAGCCGAGACGCGUGUUUCGGGACACCUGAAUUAUCUCCAAGAGGCACCGUCGGUCCCAUUUUUUUUUUUUUUUUUCUUAGGCAAACCGCUCUCAGAAUGCUCUCAUCACUCCUGGUGGAAAAUCAUCUCAAUCCCACCCUCCUUUGACUCGGCUUGAUGUUUCAUCUGCAAGGUGUAUUAACCUGACUUACAAGCCAAAUGGAGUCUCUCCUGGUGUAUCUGAUAGUCCUCGGUGUGGCUGUGAAGGCGCACAAAGUUCAAAUCUGCCCCAAGCGCUGCGUCUGCCAGGUGCUCAACCCCAAUUUGGCGACUCUGUGCGACAAAAAGGGGCUGCUGUUUGUGCCGCCCAACAUCGACAGGCACACGGUGGAGAUGCGUCUUGGGGAUAACUUUGUGACUAACAUCAAACGCAAAGACUUUGCGAACAUGACCAAGCUGGUAGACCUGACGCUCUCUCGGAACACUAUUGGCUCCAUCGCGCCUCAUGCCUUCAAAGACCUGGAGAACCUGCGGGCCCUUCACCUGGAUAGCAACCGGUUGAGUCGCAUCACUAACGACACCUUCAGCGGCAUGUCCAAGCUGCACCACCUCAUCCUCAACAACAACCAGCUCACCCACAUCCAGAUUGGGGCCUUCAAUGACCUGACGGCGCUGGAGGAGCUGGACCUAUCUUACAACAACUUGGAAAGUGCCCCAUGGGUGGCCAUCCAGAGGAUGCCCAAUCUCCAUACACUCAAUUUGGACCAUAACAUGCUCAGCUACAUCCCAGAGGGAACCUUCUCUGGGCUGCAGAAGCUUAAGAGACUGGACGUGACCUCCAACAAGCUCCAGAAGCUUCCCCCUGAUCCUAUUUUUCAAAGAGCAGGCGUCUUGGCUACCUCUGGGAUAAUGGGCCCCACGUCAUUUGCUUUGAGCUUCGGAGGGAAUCCACUGAGGUGUAACUGCGAGCUUCUCUGGCUGCGGAGGUUGCGGAGGGAGGAUGACCUGGAGACCUGCGCUUCGCCACAACACCUCGCUGGACGAUAUUUCUGGACUGUUUCAGAGGAAGAGUUCCUCUGUGAGCCGCCUCUCAUCACCAGGCACUCUCAGGAGCUACAAGCUUUGGAGGGUCAGAGUGUGACUCUGCGCUGUAAGGCCAGGGGCGACCCAGACCCCAUUAUCCACUGGAUCGCACCUGAUGGGCGCCUUAUGUCCAACUCCUCCAGGGCUGUGGUUCACACAGAUGGAACGCUGGACAUCCUCAUCAGCACUGUCAAGGACUCUGGUUCUUUCACAUGUGUGGCAUCCAACCCGGCCGGAGAGGCCCAGCAGAAUGUGGACCUGGUCAUCGCGAAGCUCCCUCAUAUCACCAACAACACAGUCGCAGAGCAGGAGCCUGACCCCGGCUCAUCAGAUAUCGCCACGGUGACCAAGCAGGGGGCGGAGGUGGGAGGGGUGCCUCUGGGGAACGCAAAGACGAGCCAAGAGAAGAAAGUAGUAAUCGCCGAGGCCACCUCUUCCUCGGCUCUGGUCAAAUUUAACUUCCACAGGAGUAUUCCUGGAAUCCGCAUGUUUCAGAUCCAGUAUAACGGGACCUAUGAUGAUUCGCUGGUUUACAGAAUGAUACCCCCAACCAGCAAGAACAUCCUGGUAAACAACUUGGCUGCUGGCACGCACUAUGACCUGUGUGUGCUGGCCAUCUACGACGACCAGGUGACCUCGCUGACCGCCACCAGGGUGAUAGGUUGCGUCCACUUCACCACUGAGCCGCAGUACCUGAGAUGCCAUUUCAUGCAGUCGCAGUUUCUCGGCGGCACCAUUGUUGUCAUCAUCGGAGGGAUUAUUGUGGCCUCUGUGCUCGCUUUUAUCAUCUUCCUCAUUGUGCGCUACCGGGUGUGUAACCAAGGAGAUGCAGAUAAGGCCCUAGAGAUGGGGGACAUUCGGUCGCUGAGCAGUGACGGACAGCUCCAGGGCUGUGGGAUUCCGAAGUCCCUCUCUAAGCAGGUUCUGCGCCCAGAGAAGAAUGACAAGGACUGCCUCCGAGUCGCCCUGCCGCCGCCGGAGCCGGUAAAGCAGCGACCGCCUGUCGCGGUAGCCGCCACAAAACCCACUCUCCCUGACUGCACGGUCUCUACCUCUGCUGGCAGUCACAGCUGGCACCCGGCCUCCCCCGGCGCUCCGAGGCCCAAGCGCUCCGGCGCUCCACCGAAACCCUCAGAGGCUCGCCGAGCUGAAGCCCAGGCAGAUGUCGAGCUGGAUAACAUGAACCGGAAUAACUCGUCGGAGGUUAAAAUGGCCACGGCCAUCGCCCUCGCUGUACCCGGCCAGCCCACCAAGUGGACUACCGUUCCGAGGGGUCCUCGGCCCCAACAAGCCCCUCGACAUUACAUGACUGUGCCUGCAGGGGGCGUGAGGGUGAACCGCAGGCACUCUCUUAAUGCAGACUCGUACAGGGAGCGCUGCUACGUGGCCUACCCCAAGACUGGGUCCAGCCUGCGCUCCAAGCGCAGCCUGUCGAUGAGUGGGGAGUUACCGCAGCUCGAGAGCACAAAAAACAUUCACCGGGCCAGGGACAAGCUCUCCAGGUCUGAGUGGCUUCUGGAGAGCACUUUAUGAUUUGAAGUUUAUGAGCCGCCUUCUCUUGCUUUCUUGGAUUGGAUUUGUGGCCCGUUGUGGAGGAAACAGGGAUUUUAUGCCUUGCUUUGAGCUUUCGGGCUCUUUAUUGAGGGACCCGUGAGCUUCUCUCGUGUAUCAGGGGGAUGGCAGGCAUAAAGGUUUGUGGGUUCCCAUUUAUUUUCUACCUUAUAACCUAUCAAAGUCUUCUUUAUAACAACAUUUGAAUCAACUUUGAUGAAAGGCACACCAAUGUAUAAAAACAAGUUCAUGUACAAAAAUGUUUCGUUGUGUGAGAUACUGUAUAUCUCAGUACAACCAUAAGUGUUCAUGUGCUAUUGAAUGCAGUAACCUGGACAUACUGUAUUAUAACAAAGAAAGCAUCACACAGGGGAUGGGGUUAUUAUACUCACGGUCUCCUCAUUGCCUGUUACCUAAAGCGAUACGAUCUCCGUAGACUCUGAACUUGAUUCUUGUCUCCAGCUCCACAGACAGACGGUGACGUGUCUUAAUUACCUUGGCGGUGGUUUGGAGGGAUUACGAAUGUGCUUUACAUCCCAGAGGUGUAGGAACAGAAUGUAGUAGACAGACAAUGCUCCAUCUUUUCAUCUCCCAGACACAGCACAAUGCAGCAUUUUCUGUGGCACAAGUCGACUCAGCCUAAUACUGCCCUCCGGUUUGAAUCGAUACAUUUUUAUCACAUAAUUGCAUAAAGACUCAACUCUGAUAGGAUUCCUGUCAUGACUGAUCUGAGCGACAAUUGAACCAACACCGACGGCAUGGCAGGUGCGGGGAGUAAUCCGAUGUUGCGUGUGGAUGAGAUCCAGAGGAAUGGUUCAUCUCUGUAUUUUUUACUUACUGACGUUAUCAUGUCAUGCCAAUGACAACCAUUGUAAAUUAACUUGUCGAUGUAAGGGAUAAUCACAAGAAUGGGAGGACGUCCGCUCUUGAUUUUGCUGUUGUUUCUGUUUGAUGUUUACCAGUAUAAAUAAACCAGUGAUAAAAGGGA